AUGGUCGAGUCGCACUUUGCUGCAAAUACUGAAGCAUCCAAUAUUAGAAUGCGCUCGAAAACUACUUCUGUCACAAAAAAAUCUCGCCCUCAAACGCCAGAACGAGCAUCCAAAUAUCAACUUAUCGGGUCAUCUACUCCCCGCCCUCGUAUUACCUAUGGUAAACAUUCUAGAAACCGAUCGUUACCCGACAGUCCUUCCCGUUACCACCAGAGUCUCGCAGUUGUAUCAACUUCGACCACCUCCAUGCAAUCAUUAGCAUCGGACUAUGAAGAACCAAUCGUGGUCCCAGAUUCUCCUCAACUUAUGAAUGCACCGAGUCUUUCUGCUUCGAAGGAUACAUCGUUCGCUUCGGCGCCGGGUAUCGAAAAGAUAGGCUUAUCCACCAAUGUUCAGAUUGACCGACAAAAUGAAAUCGACGAAUCGAAAAUCUACCCGCAAUCUUCGUCUACUAGAUCCACCAGAGCAUCCACACGAGAAGCUAAGUUGAAAGAUGCGCUCGCUCGCACUGAAGAGAAUCUCAAGGUUGCCCUUCAAGAUGCUCAGGAUGCUAAGAAUGAGAUUGAAGCUCUUAAAAAGGCCGAGGAAGUCCGCAAUGAAUGUCCUUGUUGCGCGCAAGUGAUGUUCCAGCCUUUCAUCUGUCGCGCGGUACAGGGGCGUUUUACACCAAUUCCUAACUACGCCUGCCAAUCUCAUGUCGACGAGAUGCUAAAAGGCAAGACACCGACCAAUCGUCAGCCGUUGCAGUGGCCGCGCCAGUUUCGAUCUGGGCCAGUUGUUCUCCCUUACCCUCCGAGCAAUGGAACUUUUCCUGUCUUACAUCCUCGGGCACCCGCUCCACCUGUAUUUCCCAUUGUAAUCGACUAA